CUUUUUUCUUGAGGCUUCUUGAGUGGCAAGUUGUCAGCGUAGCAUUUGUCUCAGGGUAGUGGUGGUGGAGGUUGAAAAAAGCACAAAUUUUGAGCCUUACGAAGAAGCCGUCGCCUGUUCAAGACCCCUAUAUAACUGCGCGCCAUCAAAGAUGUGAACGCGUGUUUUCUGUCUUUUUUCACUACCGGUAGACGUUGUUUGGGUAGCUAGAGACUCCUCACAAUCUUUUCCGUGACAAAAGGAGGAACUCCUUGUGAAGAUGUUCAAUCAAAAACCCAAAAAGCCCGUUGCUGGCAACAAAGGCCCAGCUGCUCCCGCACAACGCCCCACGGCCGGACGUCCUCCAGCUGGCCGACCGGCUCAGCAACCCGCCCAGAGACCUGCUCAACAUGCUCAACGACCUUCUCAACCCGCUCAGCGACCUUCACAGCCUACCCAGCGGCCUGCCCAACGACCAGCUGGCUAUCAACCGGUGACUGCUCCGAGACCAGUUGCCGGCGCUCCUGUUGUCGGAAGACAGCCUGCUCCCAACCAUGGAAUGCAGAUGACCCAGAUGAAGAAACCGCAACAAGCUGCGCAUCCUCCAGUCAAGAAGCCAGCUUCUGCUCAAGGACACAAGGCUGGACCACCAAAAGGCCAUGCUCCGCAAGGUGGAAGCCGGCCAGUUCAAAGCUACCAUCCCGGCCACCCUCAACAAGUUUACUCCCAGCAAAGCCACCAAAAGAGCUCGUCGAACAUGAAGUAUGCAGCUGGCGGUGCUGUCGCGGGUGCGGCUGGUGCAGGAGCAGCCAUGUACUUCCUGAACAAUGACUCGAACGAGCCCACUUACGUUAUCAACAACUACGACAACAGUCAGGGUCCAGACAACAGCACAUAUAUUCAGUACGAUAACAGCAACAACCAAUAUGAAGGUGACUACAUAGACAAUGGAGACUAUCGAUAUGACAGCGACGGUGAUCGUCAAUACUCUCCAAACAGCCCAAACGGUGACAAUCGCUACUACGAUAAUGAUCACGAUCAAUACGCCAAUGACACAAACUACGGUAACCAAUACGACAAUGAUCAGGCGGACACGUCGUAUGAUGCUACGAGGUACCAACAACCAAGUGACCAGCAAGAUUAUUCCAAUGGGAACAAUGGGGGUAACAAUGACAACGAUGAAUGUUGUGGCUGUGACAAUUGCUGCGAAUGUGACAACUGUUGUGACUGCGAUGGCUGUUGCGGGUGCUGUGGUGAUGACAAUGGCAAGGAGGGUGGCGAUGGAUGCGUGGUGAUGUGAUCAGAGAAUAGGGAAAUGGCAGGUUCUCAUGUACACGAUAAUUAGAGAUUAGCGAUGAUUUAAUUUUGACGACAUUCAAUUGACA